UUUAUUUGUGUUUCUCUUAUGCAAUUCUUUUAUCUUUUAUUACUCUCGGCGUAUAAAAACUAACAAUUAUCGCAAACUCGGAAAAUUUGAGUUCAGUCUUUUGAAAUGCUCCUCAAUCGUAUUAUCAAUCAAGGUAGGAAUUUGGGCAUUCCAUCCCUUCGUCACCUUACCCCCCGGCAGGAAAAUGUCAUUUUACGUACAUUUUUGACAGCCAGCUUUCAACCGGCAACUGUCAAAAAUCAACACAUUCCUCCAUAUCAACUAGAAAAUUCGUUCGUGAAGGGAUCAGUUCGCAAAUAUUCAGCGAAAAAAUUAGCCAUGGAGGAACACUGUGUCGUGCCUGAUGUGAUUUCUUGUGUUCCACAAGAAAUAGUAACUGUUUGCUAUCCAAGUGGUGCUGCCGUUGAACAGGGAAAUGUACUAACGCCAACUUUGGUAAAGGACCAACCUACCGUUACCUGGAAGGCGGAUCCCAAUGCCUUUUAUACUUUGUGUAUGACAGAUCCUGACGCACCUAGUCGUAAAGAGCCCACUUUUCGCGAAUGGCACCAUUGGUUAGUUGGAAAUAUUCCUGGCUGUGAUGUCUCCAAGGGAGAAGUCUUAUCAGCUUACAUUGGUUCCGGCCCACCACCGGGUACUGGCUUACAUCGCUACGUUUUCUUAGUUUACAAGCAAAGCGGAAAAUUAACUUUCGAUGAGAAACGUUUGCCUAAUAACAGUGGUAAUGACCGUGGAGGUUUCAAGAUUGCCGCAUUUGCCAAAAAAUACAAUCUUGGCGAUCCCGUCGCUGGCAAUUUGUAUCAAGCAGAGUUUGAUGAUUAUGUACCAAUUUUAUAUAAACAGUUGGGUGAAUAGGCUUAAUCCAAAUUCAUAAAUAUGAACAUAUUGAUUAUAUCUGCAUCUUAUACUGCUUAAUUAAAAGAUUGUAGUGAUUUGUCCAAAAAGACCAUAAAAUUUAAUUAAACAAGCCUUUUCGAUUAUUUGGAAGAUAACAGUAAACGAACUUAUUCGAUGAAGUUUAA